AGCAGCUCAGCUCCAGCUCAGAUGGAAUACUCCAGAAAAACCAGGAUGUUGAGAGUUCUCCUCUGUAUGCUGCUGGCACAUCUGAGGAUUCCUAUCUCAUCAAUGAGUCUGAAACAGCCCAACAUCUCUCUCAUCUCAGAAGAAGAGGGGGGUGCAUCGUGUCUCCCAAACCCACAGAGGUCAGAGGGCACAGUACGACCCCAGACCCUAGAGGUCACCAAAGGUCACAAUUUCUCCAUCGUCUGCUCCUCUGAGCCUCAGGGGUACACAGGAGGCUCCUUCCGGCUCCUCCUCAGCGGGUCAAACCAAACCUGGAGAGAACCAGCACAGGACCACUCGGCACAGCACCACUUGGCCUGCUUCCUCUUCCAUGAGGCCAACGACUUCCACCAGGGCAACUACAGCUGUGUGUUUGAGGUGACUGUAGACUCUCGCCACUUCAACUCCACUCCGUCUGAACUGCUCACUGUCACUGUUAAAGUGUCCUGGCUCCUCUACCUCCUGGCUGCAGGGGGGCUGGUCCUCCUCCUCCUCCUGCUCCUCAGCAUCUUUCUAGUGUGGAGAUGUUGCCUUGGCAACAGGCGCAAGAAAGCAUCUCUCAGUGAGGCUAGAUACGCCGGUAACCCAGAGGGUGGGGUGACCUACUGGAGGAAUGAGCCGGUUGAGGAUGACGAGAGAGACUACGAGUCAGCGGAUGAUGAAGAUGAUGAAGAUAAAGAAGACUACGUCAACACUGAGACUCUGGGUGUCAAGGCAGAGAGCAGAGUUUACAGGAGGAGGAAGACUACGUCAACACUGAGACUCUUGGGAGCAGAGAGCAGAGUUUGGCUGAAGAGGGAGACUACGUCAACACAGAGACUCUUGGGAGCAGAGAGCAGAGUUUGGCUGAAGAGGGAGACUACGUCAACACAGAGACUCUGGGUGGUGGAGUGGAAGAUUAUGAGCGCAUGGAUAAUUACACAGAACACAGUGACGGGGAGGACUAUGAACACAUGGCGCAUCACAGUGGACACAGUGACGGGGAGGACUAUGUGA